GCGUGCAUGAACCGAAAAAAGAGUUUGUCGCAUUAUUUUGUCUUUUUCCUCAAACACUCAGCAACUUUACAUUGGUCGUCACUAAGUAUUCUACAUUUGGGCAGGUUGGUAAAAGAGUGUGAUUGAUGUGUGACAGACGACAGCGUUGUUAUUAUGGCAGAUUUGCUUGAGGAAAACGAAACGCCAACAUUCAUUCGGCAGAGUAGCGCAUGGACUCCAAGCAAACGAGCCCGCAUCCAGGACGAGGUCAUUAGUAGCAGUGAGACUGACGAUAUGUUGGAUUUACGUCACAACCACGCCCUAGGGAUGCUGUCGCUGAUGCACACCAUGUAUCUGAAACGAGAACUCUGCGAUGUCACACUGAUGGUCCAGGGCCAUGCUUUUCAGGCACAUCGAUUGGUCCUGGCAGCUUGUAGUCCUUACUUCAACGCCAUGUUCACUAGCGAGCUAAAAGAAUGCCGUGAGAAAUCCGUGACCAUACAAGAUAUGGAUCACGUCGCGAUAAAAGAGAUUGUUAACUUUGCGUACUCGGCAAAAGUAAAUGUAACGGAGGAGAACGUCCAGUCAGUACUCAAAGCAGCUUGCGUCCUGCAGAUUGAUCCCGUCAUAAGCCUGUGUUGCGCUUUUCUCAUAACGCAGAUGCACCCGUCAAAUUGUCUCGGCAUCCGUGCGUUCGCCGAAUCACACGGAUGCUUCGAGUUGCAACAAGCCGCGGACAUUUUCGCACAACAAAACUUUUGUCAGGUCGCACUGCAGGAGGAGUUCCUGCAUCUAAGCAUCGAGGAUCUGAUCGACCUCGUGAAACGGGACGCCCUCAACGUCCCUAAAGAAGAAGACGUCUAUGUCUCGGUUAUGCGGUACCUCAGUCAUAACCCGGAACAAUGUAAACGGGUCGGGGAGAUCUUCGAGCAUGUACGGCUGCCCCUCAUGUCAUGGGAGUUUCUUCACAGUCGCGUCAAGGAUGAUCGGUUUGUCACCGAAGAUGAGAGGUGCAAAAGUUUCUUUGAUGAGGCAAGACGGUAUCACUCAAGUCAGUUCUAUCCUGGUCUUCAUUGGGAGGUCAGCAUUCGAACCUUGCCGAGACAUUCAUUCAGUCGGUCGCUGUAUAUUUAUGUCGUAGGAGGCGAAAUGAGUCCCGGCCGAACAACCCUAAGUACAGUCGAGCGUUACACCCCAGCACUAAACUGCUGGACCUCCAUAACGCCCAUGAGCUCCCCAAGGCGUGGUGUCGGUACCGUCAUGCUCGACAAGAUCCUCUAUGCAGUAGGCGGCGCCGACAACACGGCGCUGAACAUAGUGGAGUGCUUUGACCCUCAAAGCAGUACGUGGCGCUACCUUGCGGCUCUACGAGAACCUCGCAGUAGCGUUGCGGUAGCUGCAUCUGGGGGAUACGUCUACGCCUUUGGAGGUUACGACGGAAUGACUAGUCUGAGAACGGUGGAGAGAUAUGAUCCAAACACGAAUGAAUGGAAGGAUACUCCAGACAUGACAUCACCACGAAGUAUGGCUGCAGCAGUAGCCCACGGUUCUGGCAUUUUUGUUAUCGGAGGAUACGACGGCUCCGCAGACCUCAACAGUGUUGAAUGCUACUCUCCAAUGAUCAAGAAAUGGCGGACUGUAUCUCCGAUGCACACAGCGCGGUCUAUGGUCAGCGCAACAUCCUUCAAAGAGAAGAUUUAUGUGGUCGGAGGAUGUAACUGCAGUGUUAGUCUAGCGAGUGUAGAGGUUUACAACACAGCCACGGAUGUCUGGGUCCACGUUCAGAUGAUGAACCACCCACGAAGCGGUGUGGGACUCGCCGCCGUCAACCAGCGUCUCUACGCCCUCGGUGGCUACGACGGUAACGACUACCUCCGCUCCGUCGAGAUGUACGAGAAAGAGAAGGACGACUGGACGGUGGUGAGCAAUAUGGAGGCGCCGAGAAGACGGUUCGGAUGUUGUUCGUGAGAGACGAUUGAUAAGAUGAUUUCAAAAGCGUUGCUGCCGGGUAAAAAUUAAGGUCCUUUUUUUUUUCAAGAAGCUGAACGUUUCAACAGCUGAAGAAUUGUCUCAGGGUAUCAUCUGGUGCAAUUAACGACAGAGGUCAAAUUCGCUCAAGGACUAGCGUUGACUAUAAGUUGAUUAACAAUGCCUGACCUCUGUCUAGUCGAUGUCAACGAUAGUUAGACUACUCUAGUCAACUAUAAUAAUAAUAUUAGUAAUAACAAAUUCUUAUUUAUCGCAUUUCACAAUAAACUCUAUCGAUGCGCUUUA